AAAAAUGUCACGUUUGUGUAUGAGUGCGCCUGCGGGCAUUUGAUUCCUAGUUUGGAAUGUUUCUAGGGUUCUACCCUUUGACACAAGAUGGACCAUACUAUUCCAAGAGAGAAAGACGUUGAAUUUGACCUUGAAAGUGGUGGGAACACUAGCGAAGAGGAUGUAGGCAAGGAUCGUUAUGUUAGUGAUAAAGAAUCAAAGGGUGCUUUGAGCUGCGCGGGGAAUGGGAUUCCGAAUAUUGAUGGAACAGAUAAGGGUAAAACUGAGAUUGAAUCUUUUAGAAAUUCUGCAAAAUCUGGAGAUGUUGUGAUUAUAGAUGAAAAUAGUUUAGAAGUGUUUAUGGAUAGGACUUUUGUUCAACAGCAAUGGUCUAAUGUACAUGGUAACCAUCACAAACAAAAUAUUAAACCCUUCCACCCCAAAAAGCCUCCAAAGCCACCCCUGCCUCCCACAGGCCCUUCACUAGAUGCUGGUGAUCAGAAGUUUGUCAAGGAACUUGCUGAGCUUGCCUUGAGAAAGCGCGCAAGGGUUAAGAAAAUGAAAGCAGUGAGAAAGAUGAAAGCAAACAAGUCAUCAUCAUCAUCAACUUAUACCAAUCUUUCUGCCAUGGUCAUUACUGUUUUCUUCUUCCUUGUAAUAAUACUCCAUGGAAUCAGGUCUGUGAGUAGUGCUAGUGUUGGGGUAAUGGAUUCCCUUGAGGCUAAAUUUGCAGCAGAUGAAGGCUUGAUUUCUGUUCGCAUUCCCGCGAACUUCAACACUAAUGAAGGAAAUGUACCUGCCUCUCAUUCAUCAAUUUGAUAGUUCUCCUAGUGUCUUAUAUUGUAGCAGUUCUGCAAGAAAGAUGAUGUGCAAAUUUUGAAGGUUCUUUCCCUUUCAAUGUGAGUUUAGUCUAUUCUUUACUAGUUUGGAUUAUGUAUGACUUCUUGUACAGCCAUUAGGAAUCUUAGCCAUUGGUCAAGUUUGCUGUAUAGUGACUUGAUUGGUAAAUGUUAAUAAAAAGGAGAGUCCUGCUUA